AUGGCACAGAAAGGCAACAGAACACCCUUAUGUGAACAAACUAGUGAUAUCUCUAAAUCUAAUAAUAACAAUAAAACACAAAUUAUCGAUAAGAAUGUACAUUCGAAUAACUCAUCAUUGGGUAAUAGUCGACGCCGUGCUGUGGAAAAUUUUAUUAUUGCUUGGUUGAAUCCAGACAUGGAUGAAUCGAAUGAAGCAACGCAAAAAUCCAUCAGUGAUCUUCGACGAGUCGUAAAUUCUGUUAAAAUAUUUAGUAAUGCCGAUCGAUGUAUUAUGUUUGUGUCUGAUGUCAGAGAUGAAAAAGUAUUUGUCAUUGUUUCUGGAACAAUCAAUCCACUAUUCAUUUCUUUAAUCGCCGACAAAAGUCAAUUGGCUUCGAUAUAUCUCAUUGGUAAUGAUGAGAACGAACUUCAACAAUGGACUGCACAUCAUCCAAAAAUCAAAGGAGCAUUUAUGAAGCUCGAAGACUUAUGCAACCACCUGAAAAAUGAUGUUCGACAACGUGAAAACGAUUUAAUGUCAAUCAGUAUUAUUUCUUCGUCUUCAGAAACUAAUCUUAAUGCUCUUGAUCCAUCUUUUAUGUAUUCUCAACUGCUCAGUGAAAUUCUUCUUCAAGACGUAUCUACGUUACAGAAAAAGAAAGAUUUUAUAGAUUUUUGUCGUUACUCAUAUGAAGAUAAUAGUCGAGAAUUGAAAGUAAUUAAUGAACUCGAACAGAAAUACCCUAAUCCAUCGUUGAUAUGGUGGUACACUCGUGAUUGCUUUGUUCAUUCGAUGUUGAACAAAGCUUUGAGAACACAAGAUAUAGAAGUAAUCAUGAAAAUGGGUUUCAUUAUUCGAGAUCUUCAUCGAAAUAUUGAACAAAUUCAUCAAGAACAAAAUCGUCAAGAACCAUUGUUUGUUUAUCGUAGACAAGGAAUGUCACAUGCUGAGUUCAAUUUGAUCAAAAAAAGUAAAGGAGGUCUUCUCGCUUUUAAUAGCUUCUUGUCAACGAGCACUAAUCCAGAUGUGGCGCUUAGCUUUGCUAAAGAUUCCAGAAACAGUUCAGAUUUCACUGCUAUUUUCUUUCGAAUUCACAUCGAUCCAAAAAUGUCUACUACACCUUUCGUUUCUGUUGAUCAGGAACACGGUUACUUCAAAGAUCGAGAAAAAGAAAUCCUCUUUUCGAUGCACACUGUCUGUCGCAUUGGUGAAACAGAAGAAAUCGAAAAUCGAAUUUUUCAAGUUAACCUGACUUUGACUAACGACAAUGAUCCUCAAUUAACUCAACUUAUUGAACAUAUUCGACAGGCGACGCAAGGACCCUCUGGACUUCAUCGAAUGGGUCAACUAAUGUGUUACAUGAGUGAAUUGGAUAGGGCCGAAGAAGUUUAUACAACACUUAGUGAAAUAAUACCGGACGACGAUCGACAACAACUCUCCCUUCUUCAUCAUCAACUUGGAUAUAUCAAAAAACAGAAAAAUGAUUUGACAAGUGCACUCUCUCACUAUGAAAAAUCCCUUGAUAUCAAAUCAACCUAUCUGUCGUCCGAUGAUCCUCAACUCUCUCCGACUCAUUGCAACAUUGCUUGUGUUCUUCAAGAUCAAGGUGAUCUCGAUGGUGCAUUAGAACACUUGAAAUAUGCUUUGAAGAUCGAUCUUCGUGCACCCAAACCCGAUCAACUAGGUAUUGCCACUCGAUACAACAAUAUUGGAUCGGUACUCGAAGAUCAAGGCAAUUACGAAGAGACACUGAUAAGCUAUGAGCGAGCACUUGAAAUUCAAAUCGCUCGUCUUCCAUUACAGAAUCCAUCAGUGGCCACCACUUACAAUAAUAUUGGUCUGUUAUAUCGAAAGAUGGGAGAUAAUACAAGUGCCUUAUCUUUCUAUCAGAAGACACUGGAGAUUUUUGAAAGAACUCUUCCAGCUCAUCAUCCAUCGCUGGCUGUCAGUCAUCACAAUAUGGCCAUGGUCUUAUUUGAUCUUCAUGAAACUAAAAAAGCCAUUGUACAUGCUGAAAAAGCUUUGAAUAUUACACGUCAUACAUUUGGUCAUACUCAUCCAAACACUCAAAGACGUCAGGCUUACUUUGAUGAACUUCGUCGCAGCUUAUGA